AUGGAGAACAUACCUGCAACCACAUCGCCGCAUGAAACCGCACACUCUGAGACAAUCACAACAGCAACACCGCAAAGUGCAAUUCCGCAGGAAAUCCCGAUAGAUGAGGCUGACAAAAUUGGCCACACCACGACAAUAGGCCUUGAAACGCCCACCGCUGGUACCGCGGGUUUGCCGAUUCGACCAUAUAAUCGAUCCAGGGCAAGAAUUUUAAUAGGUCUAGACAAUGCAAAAGUGGGGGUUCCUAUAGAAAUAAGAGAGAAUAAAGACUCCAACCUUAUUGCCGCAAAGUGCCGUCUUGGAUGGAGCAUUUACGGGCGAGGUACAAUUGACUGUACCGAGCAAUCACGGGUUUUGCACACUUGCGAAUGCAGUCCAUCUGCAGAAGACCGUAUGGACCAGCAAAUGAAAGCGUUCUUUUCGAUUGAUUCAACUGGGGUAUAUGCACCAACCAAGCCUCUCCUAUGCAAGGAUGAUGAGCGUGCAAUCAAACUCAUGGAAAAUAGCACGCGCUUCUGCGCUGCUGAAAAGAGAUGGGAAACGGGAUUACUUUGGAAACACGAUGUUGUCGAACUUCCCGAUUCGCUUCCAAUGGCAAUACGUCGGCUUUCAUGCUUGGAAAGCAAAAUAGAACGUGAUCCGUCUACAAGUCGUUUUUUAAUUGAUAUAAUACAAGAUUAUGAGCGAAAAGGAUUGGUAUGGGAUGCAGCAGCGAAAGUAAGUGGUAUCGGGUUGAACGACAUGCUGCUUAAAGGACCCGAUCUGUUGAAGUCUCUCCUGGGCAUACUCUUGCGCUUUCGUGAACGACCCUUCGCGGUUUGUGGAGAUAUACGCGAAAUGUUCCAUCAGAUUAGGAUUAUAAAAGAGGACCAAACGGCGCAAAAGUUUUUAUGGCGUAAUGGUGAUAGGUCCCGUGAUUACGAUGUAUACGUAAUGAACGUUAUGACGUUCGGUGCCUCGUGCUCCCCAUCAUUAGCCAAUUAUGUGAAGAACCGUAAUGCUGAGCGUUUUGCAGAUCAUCAUCGCGAUGCCGUGCAUGCCAUCGUUGAAAAUACGUUUGUUGAUGACUGGCUUCAGAGUGCUGACACGGAAGACGAAUUAGCUACCCUUGCAACUACUGUUCAUUGGAUUCACCAAGAAGGCGGUUUCCAAAUGAGAAAUUGGGUGUCGUAUUCAAAAGGGGUACUGGCUUCAUUACACGCUGAGCACGCUGCUGAUGCCAAAUGUUUUGAGGAGCCGGAAGCCGUUAUUGAGAAGCGGCAAAUAUUGCGCACAAUAAUGACGAUUUUUGAUCCAUUGGGUUUGCUUGGCUUCGCUAUUAUCCAAGCAAAAAUUAUUUUACAAGACGUUUGGCGCUCCGGUGUCGGUUGGGACCAACCUGUUAAAGAAGAGCAACGCAACAACUGGUUUAAAUGGGUGCGACGAAUACCUUCUAUUAACGGUAUACGAAUCCCUCGUUGCUUUUCGCUAGCUUUCAAAAGCAAAAUCAAUGAACUGCACAUAUUUGUGGACGCCAGUAUAAAAGCUUACGCAGCCUUGGCUUACGUGCGUUCAGAGGUAGAUACGCAAAUAUGCUGUACGCUUAUAGCUUCGAAAACUCGCGUUGCGCCGCUAAAACCUAUCUCAGUGCCGCGGCUUGAGCUAUUAGCUGCGGUGCUGGGGCUACGACUAGCUAAUUUCAUUGAAUCCGAACUGUCCAUCAAAGUUAGUCGCAGAACUUUCUGGACGGAUUCUAAAAACGUUUUAUUUUGGUUACGCUCAGACUCAAGAAAGUUUAAUCAGUUUGUAGCACUGAGAGUAGGAGAAAUUCUUGAAGGCUCUGUCAUUAAAGAAUGGAGGUGGGUACCGUCCCGUGAAAAUAUCGCAGAUGAAGGAACCAAAUGGAGCGAUAACCGUGGCUUUGACGACAACCAACGCUGGUUCGGCGGCCCGAAGUUUCUGCUAGAGGAGGAAUCUAGCUGGCCGGUUCUGCAAUUUUCAGAUGCGGAUGACGAGGCCGCGGAGGACCUGCAUCACACUGACUUCGAUGACACCACAACCAUGAACACUUCUGUAAUAACGCCUGAUGCAAAUAGAUUUAGUUGCUGGGAGAAGCUACGCACUACUCAUCGAUUCAUACUGCGUUUCAUACGAUUCAUAACAAAAGGUAAGCAAUGCUCAAAAUCAUUGGAAGCGUUACUUGGAAAGGACGAUUUGGAUUCAGCGGAGCUCGCAAUAAUGAUUAAUUGUCAAGGGGAAGUGUUCCACGAAGAAAUUAGUCGGCUGCGCAAUGAUAAUCCCAUUUCACAGCCAGUAUAA